AGAGAGAAUUCGUUGCUUCGAACUUCAAUUUGGUGCGGUUAAUUUGCCUUCACGCCAAGGAUAGGAACCGGGCAGCUUUCAUCUUUGAGAUCUGUGCCACUGGUUUGAUAAAUGGUUCUGACGUCAUCCCUGGCCAUGGAGCUCCAUCAAGAAACAGUCUCAGCCGCCCAUGAUAAUGCGCCAAAUUCCACCAAUGAUGCUCCAAAACGAACCCAUCUCGCACUAAUCGCCAAACCCGUCUCUUUCUGACCUUACGCACGCCUGAACUUAUCACCCUCUCAUAAUUCUCUUUCUUCCACCCGGCAGUUUUCUAGGGGAGAGGAAUAGAGAGAGAGGAGGGGGUGGGGCUUGGCCAGUGAUGGAUGUAUCUACUGCAAGUUAAGCUUGCAACCAAGAUCAGAAGCUGUGUAUUAGGUUGUGUUGUCAGGCUAAAAAAUUGAUAGGAGAUUGGUACAACCAUUUCCACUUACACAGCCUCAAUUUUCUGAGAAACAAAUACUGUGUCGGCAAUGGCAUCGUGAAGCGAGACAAUUUAAGUCAUUGCAGAGCCAAUAUGGUCUUGUUUUAUAGGAUGAGAACGUCAGAGGCUUUUGCUUUGGAUAUCCAUUCCUUCCAAAAUUAAAGUAUAUGUGAUUGAUGGAGCGUUUUAAAAACUCUCAACACCUCCAUUAUGAUUCCAUGGAGACCAGAAAUGAGAGGCUUGGCCCUGCAAGCCAAAGGUUUAUGCAAGGUCCAUCAAGUUCUGCAAACACCAAUCCUAGACCUUCUGCAAACACCAAUCCUAGACCUCCAGAGUCUAUUGUAUCAUAUGGUGUUGGGCAUGUAUUGAAUUACUCAUUUCAAACUGGUGAGGAGUUUGCUCUUGAAUUCAUGCGAGAAAGAGCAAAUCCCAGGAGGCCUCCUGUUCCAAGUACAUCUGUAAAUCAGAUAAUUGGCACUGGUUAUGUGGACCAGAGGGUGAUUAUAGGUCUACCUCCCCUGGGACCUCAACGUGUAUCAGAUGAUCCAGUGCUCGCAACUGAACAUAAAGUUCAAUCUAAGGAAAAGGAGAAGAAAGUCUUCUUUGAGACUAAAAAUAAGGGUGAUCGUGGAUUAGUGAGGUCAGUAUCACAUUCAUUAUCAGAUGGAGGCAAUGGUCGACGAUUUCAUCAUGGGUAUCCUUCAGAAGUUUCCAAUAUCUCAUCAACAAAGAUGAAGUUCGUCUGCAGUUUUGGUGGUAAAUUUUUACCCCGACCAAGUGAUGGCAAGCUAAGGUAUGUGGGAGGUGAGACCCGCAUGUUUCGAAUAAGCAAGGGCAUAUCCUGGCAAGAAUUCAUGCAGAAGACAAAAGCAAUGUAUAGCCAAACCCACACAAUCAAAUACCAGCUGCCAGGGGAGGAUUUUGAUGCCUUGGUAUCGGUAUCAUGUGAUGAGGAUCUGCAAAAUAUGUUUGAGGAGUGCAGUAUUCUACACAAAGGUGAUGGAUCGCAGAAAACCAGGAUAUUUUUAUUUUCUUCAGAUGACCACGAUGACAUCCAUUUCAGUCUAGGCAACAUGGAGGGGGAUUCUGAAAUUCAAUACCUGGUUGCUGUCAAUGAUUUGAAAGGAUCUGGUGAAGUUUUGAGCCUAUCUGGCUUUCCAAGCACAUUGGGAAGUGACUUGUUUCAGUUACUUAAUACCGAAGUCGAAGAGGUCAAGAAAAACUCAGCAACUCCUGUAAAUACGCCAUCCUUUCCAAUUCAAUCAAGCUUGUCUGCUAGCUUUGAUAAUCCACAACAUCGGGACCAUGAAAUGCAAAAUGCUGAAGGUGAUGGGAAUCCAUACUCUGCAAGUCACCAUCUUGACUAUUCUAAACAUGACAGAAUUUCAAUUUCAUCAUCUACACCUGACUCUGGCAGUAAUGUUCACUAUGCACCCAGUGGUGAAACUUCUGUUCCUAAGCCAAUCCAUGAGUUAGUACCUGUUCAUCAGGGUGUGGUUGAAGGGCUUUACAGAGACACCAGAAGUCAGGCUGAAGACGUGUCAGUGAAAGAGGUGGACUCAGCUGUUAAUGGUUUAGCCCACCGAAAAAAUGAAAUCAAGGAGAUACAACAUGUGGCAAGUAAGUGUUCAGCACCCACACUGCAGAAUGAUGGUCCAGUUUCAAACUUUAUGCAUGUUGAUGUAUCCUGUGGCUCUUCUGCACCGGAGUGUGUAGCUUCUUCAAAAUGCCAUGCAAAACAUGUAAAUACCAAACAGGUGGUACCACCACCUGAUACUUUGACUUCUGGCCAGAAUUCUGCACCCAAAGAGGAUGACAGUCGCUGCACAUCUGCAGGAGAUUUUGCUUCUGGAUUUUCAGACUAUGAGGCUAAUGUCACCGGUCUUAGCUAUGCAGAUCCAGCUUCAAGUUCUUUACGAAUUUUUCGUACUGAGUUGAUCCCACGGGAACAGGCAGAAUUACUGGUUCGGCUAUCAAAGUCUGAUGAUUCAGUUGGUUUCCAACAACUAGCACUUCACCCACAUACUAGUGUGACUCAAGAGUCAUUUAAAGAAACUGUUAAACCAUUACCUGACGCAAACCCAGUUUCACAAAGUGAAAAGUUCCCUUUAGCUGCAAAACCACCUGCCGCUGAACUGGCAACCAUCAUGGAUGAUGUGACACAGAUCAAAAUGUGUGAAAUAUUGGCUGAUACAGAUAAUCAAAUGAGCAAGUUCAAACCUUUAGCUGCAACAGAGAAAUCAGAAACUUCAAGAGUUUUUUGUAAACCUGUAAGCAGCAACACUUUCUCAACCAAGCAGAAUAGGCAUGAUCCGGAAAAGGCUGCAGUUAAUCAAGUUUCUUGCAAGUAUGCAGCACAUGGUCAGACGGAUGACAUUAGUAAUGAAGAGAACUAUAGAAAGAGCUAUAGUACGGGAAGGAAGAUUGAGAUAUCUGAUCAGGACCCUAUGCCAUUGCGCUUGGUUGGUGAUAAGAAUGUUAUGAACAAAGAUAAGAUCUGGUAUGAUUCUGAUAGGAGCAGGAAUUCAGAAAAUUCCACAGUUGUUAGUGAGACUGGUGUGGUUAAAAGUCAUUUCAAAGAAUCCACUAUUGAAGGAGGAGAGGCAGCUGAAGUGAAAUGUUUAUCAGCAUGCAGAGAAGAUGACACUGGCGUCGGCUUGAAGAUGCAAAACCAUGAAGACUUGUCUUUCCAGAGAAAUUUGGCUCAAGACAAGUCUGGAAAUAAAGAUGUUUCUCUUUUCAACCAAGACAUUAUCAGUCACCGUUCCCUGCAUACCAGAACUGAAGCGGGAUUUUCUAGUGCACAUCACUCUGCUCCUUUAAAGGAUGAUGUUACUAAAUCUCACAAGAAUUCCCAAGUUGAUUGCAAUGAGAAAAAGCAACGAGAAUCAUCUGGCCCUCAUGAACAGGAUGCUAAUAUGUUGUACCCAAAUGAUAUUCCAUCAGACGUUACUCAAACUCAAUUACCGGACAAAAGUGGUGAUGCCUUGCAAGCUGGGAAUCCAUUGGCUGAAGUUGGAAACAACUUAGGAACACUAAUCUCGGAUUGUGAGGAAUUGAAACCGGAGAUUGGGCCAGCCGCUGUACCAGUAAAUGAUGCUUCUCUGAAAGAUUUUGUUCCAAGUCGCUUGCAGCAGAUUAUAAAGAAUGAAGAUCUUGAGGAGCUCAGAGAACUAGGUUCUGGCACAUUUGGAACUGUUUAUCAUGGAAAAUGGAGGGGCAGUGAUGUGGCCAUUAAAAGGAUUAAGAACAGUUGCUUUACUGAUAAAUCAUCUCCAAAUAGAUUGACUUCAGAGUUUUGGCGGGAGGCUUGUAUUCUCUCAAAGCUUCACCAUCCAAAUGUUGUGGCUUUUUAUGGGGUCGUGCAAGAUGGACCAGGGGGAACAUUAGCAACAGUAACAGAAUUCAUGGUCAAUGGUUCGCUUAAGCAUGUUUUACUACGCAAGGACAAGUAUCUUGAUCUACGUAAGCGGCUUAUACUUUCAAUGGAUGCAGCAAUAGGGAUGGAAUAUCUACAUUCUAAGAAUAUCGUACAUUUUGAUUUGAAAUGUGAUAAUUUGCUUGUGAAUCUCAAAGAUCCAUCAAGACCAAUUUGUAAGGUAGGUGAUUUUGGCUUGUCAAAGAUGAAAAGAAAUACAAUGGUUUCUGGUGGUAUGAGGGGGACGCUUCCAUGGAUGGCUCCAGAAUUAUUAACAAUCAGCAGCAACAAGGUGUCUGAAAAGGUUGAUGUUUAUUCCUUCGGCAUUGUCAUGUGGGAAAUUCUCACUGGUGAGGAGCCUUAUGCCGAUAUGCAUUAUGGUGCAGUUAUAGGAGGUAUUUUAAAUAAUACGCUGAGGCCUCCUGUGCCGAAUUCCUGCGACCCAGAUUGGAGAAGGUUGAUGGAACAAUGCUGGGCACCUGAUCCUGAGCAACGACCGUCAUUCACCCAAAUAGCCAGCCGCCUGCGCUCCAUGUAUGUGGCGAAUCAAACUAGAUCUUCCAGCUGAUGUGAUUUGCCAUCACUCUCGUUAUGGGUAGCCAUUUGAGUCGUUCAUUUUCUUCCCCCCUCUUUUCUUUCCCUUUUUUUUUUUUUUUUUUUUUUUCUUUGGUAUUGUGAGCAUAAUUUGGGCAUGAAUGUGUUAUCUACAUAGUCUGUGGGAUGUGUGAGAGCUUGAGAGCGUGCCUACUUUGGAGCUGUGAAGGUCAAGGGUCUUUGGAAUAACUUCCUUUUUCCUUUUUAUGGGAUGAGAUUUAUGUAUUUUUUUCAACUACUUAAAGAUCUUAUUAUGUGUUUGUAAGUUCAACUUCAUCAUCCCAUUAAUACGCUGUAGUACUUAUUAGGGUUAAUAAAUAGUUAUUCUUGUUCUGGCAUGCACACACAAACACGCACAGAGAGACCA